UUCUUUUCAAUGUUAUAAACAUGUCCUCUAGUCUGCAAGCAAGGCUUGGUAGAAGCGACCAUACUUUGCUAUAGUCAAGAGAAACGAGGAGCUAGAGCAAUUCAUUAUCAGUUUAGCAUCAACCAGUGUAAAACUUCGGGGUGAUGCGGACUGAAAGGGUUUUCAAGAAGUUAAAAAAGAUUCAGUGAAGUAGACUGCUAAAAAAUAAGUAAUCUCCAAGAAACUUUAAAGAGAAAAGACAAAGUCAAUUUGGAAUGCAGUGUUCGGACUGUAUUCCACGAUCUACCGCUGUCACACGAAUCCUGAGCUGAAGUUUAAACAAUAACGCCGAAAUACCACCAUUGACUUUUACCUAAAGGAACUAUUCAUCGCAGGAUUGAUUUUUUUCCGGGAACUCCUUGGACUAGCAAUUCUGCUGUAUCGCUGACGGCAAUUCAUGCCGUUUACCUUCCCGCGAAAUUGUUUCACAUUUCGGAGACGAUAUACCCCACAAAAUGCUGCUCAUGCUGUAGUCAAGUUGCGUUUUUUUUUUUUUUUUUUGCAUGUGCUCAUUCCCUUCUCAGAAGCCCAUUGAUUGUGUUGCGGCGAACUGAUGGACGAACAAGCCCGUAUCAUGCAGUCUCUCGGCGGUAUAACUCUGGCUGGCCACACGGUACAGGGGGGCAUGGCAGUUCCGCCUCCACAUGGACAUGAUGGCUCCGACGGGGACGGAAGGAAGCAAGACAUCGGCGACAUUCUCCAUCAAAUCAUGACCAUAACAGACCAAAGUCUGGACGAGGCGCAGGCAAAAAAGCAUGGCCUGAAUUGCCACAGAAUGAAGCCUGCCCUCUUCAGUGUACUCUGCGAGAUCAAGGAGAAAACAGGUCUGAGUAUUCGAGGGGCACAGGAGGAGGACCCUCCAGAUCCUCAGCUUAUGCGUCUGGACAAUAUGCUGCUGGCAGAGGGGGUGGCUGGCCCAGAGAAAGGCGGUGGAUCAGCCAGUGUGACAGCAGCUGCAACAGCAUCAGGAAGCCCUACUGACAACUCCAUUGAACACUCAGACUACAGGGCCAAACUCUCACAGAUCAGACAAAUCUACCAUACAGAACUGGAAAAAUAUGAACAGGCAUGUAAUGAGUUCACAACCCACGUGAUGAACCUAUUGCGGGAGCAGUCACGUACACGGCCCAUCUCUCCCAAAGAAAUUGAGCGUAUGGUCAGCAUCAUCCAUCGCAAGUUCAGUUCCAUUCAGAUGCAGCUUAAACAAAGCACCUGUGAAGCUGUCAUGAUCCUGAGGUCUCGCUUCCUUGAUGCCAGACGAAAAAGACGUAAUUUCAGCAAGCAGGCCACAGAGAUCUUGAAUGAGUACUUCUAUUCCCACCUCAGCAAUCCCUACCCCAGUGAAGAAGCCAAAGAAGAACUGGCUAAAAAGUGCAGCAUUACAGUAUCACAGGGGGUGGGAAGCACCAUCACAGUGGCACAGGUGUCUAACUGGUUUGGCAACAAGAGGAUCCGUUACAAGAAGAACAUUGGCAAGUUCCAAGAGGAGGCCAAUCUGUAUGCUGCCAAAACUGCUGUGAACGCAGCACAUGCUGUUGCUGCUGCUGUGCAAAACAGUCAGACCAACUCCCCCACUACACCGAAUUCUGGAUUCCAGAUGAAAGAUGAAGAAUUUCAGAUGGAUUCUGCAGAGAACAAAAACACACUUUUAACCAGCAUGUUUACUGGUUCGUCAGGUUCUUUUAACCUCCCAAACUCAGGGGACAUGUUCAUGAGCAUGCAGAAUCCGAAUGGGGAUUCUUACCAAGGGGCACAAGUCGGAGCCAAUGUGCAGUCACAGGUGGAUACCCUGCGCCAUGUUAUCAAUCAGACAGCAGGAUACAGUGAGGAUCUGGGGGGCAACUCCAUGUACAGUCCACAUGGCUUGGAUACUAAUGGGGGGUGGCAAGAUGCUAUGACCCCAUCCUCUGUGAUCUCCCCUACAGAAGGCCCUGGUAGUGUGCACUCUGAUACCUCGAAUUGAUCUCUGCAUUGACACACUGACCAAUUAAAGACUUAUCAAUCAGAGACAUCACGAACUACCAUUUUCCAAAAUACACUCAGCAGAACAUUUGAAAGUUUGAAUCUUCUGGUCUCAAAAGUCUUUGUCUCUGUCAUUAUUUUACUAAUAAUUACUAAUACAUUCUCAGAUUUGGUUCAUUACACUUAAAUUAUUAGUCUUUUAUAUUAUUUUCUGUGAAUGUGCAAAUAGAUAUGUUUCAUAUCUCAUCUACAUUUGCAAGUACACAUUUUGGCAUACAGAACAUAGGAACAUAAAGUCUGACAGUACAUCAAUCCCAUUAAUUCUAGAUAGCUAUGUUAUGUUACAGGUGGCAGUUUUGGGAAUUUUAGAGAUGGGAUGCAUUUCAUUUUUUCCCUUUUCUACUUUCAACUUGAGUUUAGGGAUAAAUUAAAAAUGAUGGAAAUUUUGGAAAAUAUUUUUUCAUCACGAUGUGAGUUUCACAUUCAGUGGGAUAAACCUUUUUAUAUAACACAAUAUACAAGUCUUACAAUUAAGCCAGUAUGUAUAAGAACUCUAUUUUGGCAUGUCUCCAUUCAGAGGAAUAAUGAAAAACAUUCUUGUAUAUAAUAUAGCUUAAGAGUAUUUAUACAUUUCACAAAUCAAUACAUGGCUUCAUUACCUUAUACUGAUAGAAUUGAUAGACUUUCAACAUUGUUACAUUGUUAGAGUUCUCUCACUGACUACCUCUCAACAAUCUUACCAUCAUUUUAGCUGUACCAUAUUGUCAUUUUUUAUAUAAUGUUAUUUGGGUACAUCUUUUAAUACAUCUUUUAAUACACCUUUUAGUCUUCUAAGGUAACCAGUUGCUUUCUUGCAACUAAAAAAAAGUAUUAAUAAUAAUAAUAAUGACAAUAAUACAAAAUAAUACCAUAGGGAGUGAGAGAAAGUUUGAGGAAGGUGUUGUGGAGGAACAUGGGAAACUACUGUAAGUAGUGAAAACAUUUUAGAUGUUACUCAUACUCUUACUAAUUUACUUGAAUAUGACAAUACACAAACAAACAAACCAAUCAAUAAAUGAAUGAAUAAGAAAGAGAAAAAUAGUGUAAAGCAUAAAUGGUCCUGUAUGUCAGGACCACAAUUUCUUUUCUCUUUUUUUGUAUUGUAUGUGUUUCUGAAACUGAUUUAAAAAGAUCAUGAACAUUUAUUUGUGGCGGUGAUUCUAAUGUAUUACUGAUGUUUUGUGUUUCUUUCUAACCAGACUACACCUUGGACUGAACAGUCUUCCUUGUGGUAGUUAAUGUGUAAUUUUGAAAAUAAAUAAACACUUUUUCCUCUCA